UUUCCACGUAGAAGAAGAACGCGGAUCUAAAAGCGGAAGUAAUUUGCUCGUGUCCUUGAUAGAAAGAGAGGCAACUGCAAACGGAAAUAAAGAUGAACAGACACAUAUUUGCGCUGCAGCGCGUUGCUCGGAGGACCUUCAGCAGCUCCGGGCGCCGGCUGGAGAACCAGGUCCCCCAGAAACAGAAGAUGUUCCAGGAGAACGACGGGAUGCCGAUUCAUUUAAAAGGCGGUGUCGGCGACACUCUGCUCUACAGAGCCACCAUGGGCCUCACCGUCCUGGGAAGUGGGUAUGUUGUGUACGAGCUGGUGAAGUGGGCGUGCCCGAAGAAAGCCUGACUCCACUCCAUGUUUACUUCAUUUCAAAUUUAAACAGAUAUACGCCGGCCGCUCUAUAUUGUGUAAUAAAUCUGUACGUUCCGGUGUUUCCCGUUAUGACGGAGAAUGUGUUUCAUGCUCAUGGGAUCAAUAUUUAUUUCUUGCACUCUCUGAGGUCCUGAGGAUCAAUAAACAACGCCUCUCAUGACCAAAACA